AUGCCGUCGGGAGUCAAUUAUCCGAUUUUCAUUUCCAACUAUCAAUUGCCUUGCGCCCAACAAACACAGUGGAAGAAGAAUGGAAAAGUCGCUGAAAAAAGCACUAUCCCAGGUGGCAGCUCAGAAGAGAAAUUCACCAUUGCGUUAUGCAAUGCAUUGGGAUCUAGGGUUCUGGGGAGUCCCAACAUCUGCAAUAAAGAUGAGUUGGAGCAUCCUUGGAAUCCCUCCAGACUUAAGUUUAAAAAGAAUUUUUUUGCGGGCACAUUAAAUGUAAAUUCUUUGUUGAAGGUUGGUAAACAAAAGGAAUUAGAACUACUUCUGGAUAGACACGAUAUACAAAUUUUAGCAGUACAGGAGAUAAGAUUUUUGGAUAAAAAUGUGACAGAAAAAAAAAUUAUAGAAUAUUUAAAGGCAAGCCUAUUAUUAAACUGUGUAACUGAAUUCAAAUCCCACUCAGAAAGGAUGUCUCUUUUGACAAUGAAAUGCAAAUAUAAAUUAUACACUUUUAUUAAUUGUCAUGCACCAAUUAAUGAAGACUACAAGAAGAGCCCAAAUAAAGUAGAGGAAUUCUGGGACCUCCUGGAUGAUGAAAUGUCUAAAAUUCCAAAAUCAAAUGUAGUGAUAUUACUUGGAGAUUUCAAUACCCAAAUAGGAAGAGAGGUAUAUCAUAUACCAAUAGUGGGAGAAUAUGCUGCACACCAAAGAACAAACAGAAAUGGGAUGAGAUUGGUUACUAUUUGUAAAAACUUUCAAAUGAAAGUAAUGUCGACUUUCUUCAGGAAAUUGCCAAGAAGAGCUAAAACAUGGACUUCUCCAAAUCCAAUGCUAGGUGAAUUUCAAAUAGAUCAUGUAGCUAUAUCCAAAAGAAAUAUGAAGGAAAUUAUGAAUAUCAAGAAAUCACAGAAGAGGGGGAAAAUAAAUAAGUACAAUACAAAUAGACUCCAAAUUACACAAGAAACUUUGGAAAUAUUUCAGGAAGAAAUAAAAGUAACUCAUCAUGGGAAGUGGCAAGAUUUAUCUAAAGAAAUAACGAACGCAGCCCAGAAAACAUUUGGACUAGCCAAGCAUAGAAAAAAAUCUUGGUGGAACCAAAUGUGUAAUGAUGCAUUAGAGGAGAGAACAAAACAUUGGAAAAAGUGGAAAUGCUCGGAGAAGACUGAACACCAUGACCAAUUCAAACAACAAAGGAAAGACACUGCUAGAAUAAUAAGGGGAACUUUUAAAAGUCAAUUAAAGAGGUAUCAAGCGCCUAGCAUAUGCGUCAAAGAUGAAAAUGGUAAAUUUAGCCUAUGCAAUGCUGAGAACUGUGAAAUACUUGCGAAACACUUUGAUCAACUUUUAAACUGUCCUGAACCAAAACAUAAAUUGGAAUUCUCUGAAACAACUGAAAAUCUGGAAGAAGAUAUACCACCCAAUGCUGAAGAAAUUAAAGAAGCAAUUAUCAAUCUAAAAAAUAAUAAAGCUAGUGGAGAAGACUCUAUAACAGCUGAACUUCUGAAAUGGUCUCAAACAAAAAUCAUUAAAAAGCUGCAAUUAAGAUAUUUGGAGAACAGAGAGGUAAUCUCAAAAAUAUUGCUGAAUAGAAUAGAAAUAACACUUGACAAGGAACUGGGCGAGUAUCAAGCUGGAUUUCGAAAAGGUAGAUCUUGUUCAGAACAAAUUUUUAACUUAAAAUCCAUAAUUCGCCAUAGGAUACUGAAUUCAAAGGACAUAGUUGUAACUUUUAUAGAUUUUAAAAAGACAUUUGACUCGGUUGAUAUAGAAACCAUAGAUAAAACAAUACGUGAAUUUGGAGUUAAUAAUAAAUUGGCAAACUUAAUACAUGAAACACUCACUGACAUGAUUUCAAAAAUAAAAUUUAUGGGUGAGAUAUCUAAACCUAUUCAGAUAAAUACAGGUGUAAGGCAAGGUGAUGGUUUAUCACCUCUUCUGUUCAACUGUGUUCUAGAAAAAAUUGUCAGAAUUUGGAAGAUAAAGCUAAAAGAACAAAACAUUUCGGCAGUAACUUUGGGGAGACAAAACAAAAGCAUUGAAAUAAGUUUCCUAGCAUUUGCAGACGAUUUUGCUAUAGUAUCAAACAACUUAAAAAGUGCAACAACACAAAUCAAUAUCUUGAAAGAAAUAGCUAACAAAGCAAGAGAAAUAAUUCAAGAAAAUGGUUUAGAAAAAUCUGCAGUAGAAGAAAGGGUACGCAAGAUGGAAAGGGCGUAUGGUAUCACUAAGAAUUUUUACAACGAAAGAUGUUUAUCUAAAAAUCUUAAAAUAAGGCACUACGCUACAGUAGUGAAAUCGGAAUGCUUAUACGCGAGUGAAUGUCCAGUGAAAACAACAAAAGUAUGGAUAUUAAUAUCUAAUGAUGAAAUAUACAGGAACAUAGAAGACAUAACAGAAACGAUAAGGAAAAGAAGACUGCAAUUUUUUGGCCAUAUUUACAGAAUGGAUGAGUCCAGAUUAACAAAAAGGUUACUCAUAUACCUUUGGGAGAAAAAGGCAACAACUAGCUGGAUUCAAGAGGUAAAGAAAGAUCUAGAAAGAAAUAAUAUAAGUGAGGAAGAAAUUAUAGACAGAGAGAUUUUUAGAAAGAGGAUAUUAAACAUGGAAGGAUUUCAAGGAAGAUUGAAGAAGAAACCUGGUGCGAAGUGGUCUGAGGACAGAAAUAAACAGCAUAGUGAAAAGAUGAAGGAAUAUUGGUGGGAACGAAAGAGAAAACAGCUAAGUGAGAAGAAUUGA